AUGUACUUCAGAACCUUCAAGGACUUCGACCAUGAUCCCAACGCCCUCAUCACCGAGGAGUUCAAUCGCCUAGCCAGUUUACGCCGGUGGAAAGAAGGCUCCCAGACUUGGAACAAGCAGUGGAACAGAUUCGUCAAUCUGGAGUACAACCGGCUGAUCGGUAAGAGGGAGCUCGCCACGCUCGACGAUUGGAGGACGCUCUGCGAGCAGCUCGGCCUGGAGGGCCCCUUCCCCUCCAUCAAGAAGUGCAAGAAGGCCAUGAAGGGGGUACAUAUUAACAUUGUGGACUUUUUGGAGGCGCAGCAGACGGGCACCACGCCGCAGCGGUUUGACACCAAGGAGGCCCUCUCGGAGUAUACCCUGACAACGAGACGGUUCUUCAACAGGAAGGUGGUCAAGGGGGAUAAGCUGCUGCGAGAGCUGUUGAAGGAUUUUGACUAG